GUCAAGUUGUUUGGUGUAAAUUAUACUUAAACACUCAGUGGAUUAUUGGUUAAAAAAGUUUAAAAUUCAUAAAAAAUUUUAUGAGAUUGUAGUCAAUUGAUGACACAAAAUUAUUAUUGAACCUUUUAUGAUUUAGCAUACUUAGUAGGUUACACACCAGUCUUACAAGUGUUAACUGACCUAUAAAUAAUGAAUCUUGAAUUAUUAGAAUCUUUUGGCCAGAAUUAUCCAGAAGAAUUCGAUGGAACGUUAGAUUGCAUUUCACUUGCUGUUACAUGUACAUUUAAUAAGCGUGGAACAUUGUUAGCUGUAGGUUGUAAUGAUGGAAGAAUUGUAAUUUGGGAUUUUUUGACAAGAGGUAUUGCAAAAAUUAUUAGUGCACACGUUCAUCCAGUAUGUUCACUGAGUUGGUCUAGACAUGGUCAUAAAUUACUCAGUGCUUCAACUGACAAUAAUGUAUGUAUAUGGGAUGUGCUGAAUGGCGAGUGUGAACAAAAGUACAGAUUUCCUUCUCCCAUUUUAAAAGUACAGUUUCAUCCAAGAAAUUCGACAAAAUUUUUAGUUUGCCCUGUCAGACAUGCUGCAGUUUCUGUGGAUAUUCAGGGUGGGCAUCAUGUUAUUCCUCUAGAUCAAGAUAGUGACUUAAAUAUCGUUGCAUCAUUCAAUAGAAGAGGGGAUUAUAUUUUUACUGGUAACGGAAAAGGGAGAAUUUUAGUUCUUGAUGUAGAGUCUUGUUCUGUGAAAGCAUCUUUUAAAAUAUCACAGGGAACAGCCAGCAAUACAGCUGUUAAAAGUAUAGAGUUUGCUAGAAGAGGCUCUUACUUUUUAGUGAAUACUGCAGACAGAGUUAUAAGGGUUUAUGAUAGUGCAGAAGUUUUAACUUGUGGAAUUGAUGGACAGCCAGAACCAAUUCAAAAACUUCAAGAUCUUGUCAAUAAAACAACUUGGAAAAAGUGUUGCUUUUCAGGAGAUGGGGAAUAUGUUUGUGCUGGUUCAGCCAGGCAGCAUGCUUUGUACAUUUGGGAAAAAAGUGUUGGUAAUUUGCAAAAAAUUUUACACGGCACGAAAGGGGAACUUUUACUUGACGUUGUGUGGCAUCCAGUAAGACCAAUCAUUGCUUCGAUAUCAUCAGGAGUUGUUUCAAUCUGGGCACAAAAUCAAGUAGAAAAUUGGUCAGCUUUUGCUCCAGAUUUCAAAGAACUUGAUGAAAAUGUUGAGUACGAAGAGAGAGAAAGCGAAUUUGAUAUCAGUGAUGAAGACAAAUCUGUGGUCCAAGGUGAAGAAGCACAAGACGAAGAAAUUGAAGUAGAUGUACAAGCUAUUGAAAGGGUGGCAGCUUUCUGUAGUUCAGAUGAAGAGAUUGAAGGCCAAGAAUCUUUACAAUUUUUACCAAUCGCUCCAGAAGUUGAAGAAAAUGAGGAAGCACCGACCUCUCAUGAAAUUCCUGCAAAGAAAUUUAAACAUUACGAGAUUGAUUUGAAAGGAGCACCUACAGAUGCACUUCAUCCUAUGUUUAACAAAGGUAAAGAUAAGCCAGCUGCCAAAAAAGGUCGACCACGACUGGAGCAUCGAAAAGGAAAGUAAAAAUUAUAAUUGUAAAUAAUUUGACGAAUCAUGAAGCUUCUUGGUUCUGAUAAUUUUGUGAUUUGUAAACUCCUAGGUGUGAGUUUUUAAAAUAUAUAUGUGAAUUAUUUUAAAAACAGUGUAAAAGUUAGCAACUGAAAUUACACGAGUACAAGACUUAAAUUAAUAUUUAUGAUCAUACGAUUAAGUAUUUCAUCUUGUAAAAAAUUUAUUGUACACCUAGGCAUGAAAAAUUGUACCUAAUUCGUUUUUCAUAAAAACCAAAAGUUA